UCAGUGUGGAUUCUAGUUUAGAUCACACACACUGUAGCUCAUGAGUGAUGCAAGCACUAGUGAGGAGGAGUUGUUAGUGGACGACCGUAGGACUACUCGUGAGACUGCUCGUAGUCGACCCUUGACGUUCUUGGAGUUAGGUUCAAGAGACGAGAGAAGAUUGCGGAGAGAGACUAGAGAGAAAGCAGCGGCAAGGAGAGUGAGGGCAGCUGAGGAUAGUGCUAGGGCUAGAGUUUCAGCUAGCACCGAUACAGUCAUGGCUACUUCAUCUAUGUCGCAAACCUCUUCACAGUCCACUUCGUCAGGAGUCAGUCAGAGUGGUUCUCAAGGGUCCAUUAGUCAGACUACUGGCUUGCGAGUCAGCCAGCACACUCAACUCACGCCGGAGGAUUUAGAAAUCCGGCAAGCAGAAGAACUCCAGGAUGAGCUACAGCGGCAAUUGGACGAGGCAGCAGAGACGAGAAGGAGAGCAAUCCUGAGAAAAGCUAGACCAGGUAGUAGAAGAGAGGAGCUAGGCAGAUUGGAAGGACUAGAUGAGGCGGCAUUAGACCCUGUUGUUCGUAUACUGCGUAAUGCUUUACUAUCAGUAGCAGAAGUGCAGAAUGUCCAGCAGGAAUUGCUGGCCGAAUUGGUAGCAGGCCAGAAACAAAUUCUGGCUGAACUCCGGGCUCCUCGUACGAUGAUGAGGCAGCCACAGUUUGUUGUAGUUCCCCCUAUGGACAUAGGCUCUACACGAAACUUCAUCAGUCGUGCUCGUGUGGAUAGACUGCGCUUAGGGGACCAAGUGCAGCGGCUUAGCAGAACUGUAGCUUCUACGCUGGCCAACAAGCACCAAAUGGUAGUGAAAGACUAUGUCAAGGACAUAGCCUGCACCUUCUCCUAUGGAGGAGGGGAAGUGAUCCACAAGAUCUCCUUCCUGGUUAGCGACGAACUGCCAUUCGAUAUGCUACUGGGCAUGUACUACCUCGAAGUCUCGCAACUGCAGUUUGACUGGGAUAGAAAGGUGUUGAUACACAAGUUGCCAAAUGGUAGGACCGUUGGGCUGCAAAAGCACAAGGCUAGUAGUCUAGUGGAAAACUACGGCUGCAUGUGCGCUUCUUCUUUCUAUAACUAUUACAAGCAGAAUCGCGAGGAGGGCAUGUAUCUAGUGUUUGUCUCUGAGAAAGGGGAGACCGCUAAAUCACCCCCAGAGAUAGAAAAAGUCAUCGCUCAAUAUUCAGACCUUUUUGAGGAGCCCACGGGUGUGGUCGAAAGGGAGGUUGUCCAUGUAAUAGAGGUUGUCCCAGGUAGUAAGGUGCCUAGAGGACGAAUCUAUAGGAUGUCUCCUGCGGAGUUAGAUGAGCUUCGCCGCCAUCUCAAGGAGUUCACAGAGAAGGGAUGGAUCCGGCCUAGUACCUCCCCUUACGGUGCACCAGUCUUAUUUAUCCCAAAGAAGGGAGGUCCAUUAAGGAUGUGCAUUGACUAUAGGGGCCUCAAUGCCAUCACUGUAAAGAAUGCCGAGCCCCUACCUCGCAUCGACGACCUCUUGGAUAGAGUGCAGGGAUGUCGGUACUUCACCAAGAUAGAUCUGAAGUCCGGAUACCAUCAAAUUGCCGUUAGACCUGAGGACCAGCACAAAACUGCAUUUCAGACCAGGUACGGUCUGUACGAGUUUGUGGUGAUGCCCUUUGGUCUAUGCAAUGCACCUGGUAUAUUCCAGCACGCGAUGAACAGGAUAUUUCAUGACUACUUAGACAAGUUUAUCGUCGUGUACCUCGAUGAUAUUCUUAUCUUUAGUAGGACUGUAGAGGAGCACGCUGAGCACUUGAAAAUAGUGCUAGGUCUCUUACGACAGCACCAGUACAAGGUAAACUUGGACAAAUGCGAGUUUGGUGGCACCAAGAUCUUGUACUUAGGUCAUGAAAUCUCAACAGAUGGAUUGAGGCCGGAAGGUGCCAAGGUGGCCAGCAUACGUGACUGGCCCGGACCUCAAACAGUUACUAAGCUGCAGUUGCUGAACCUCGGUCUUCAAGGUAUCCAACUGUUUGUUGAUGGUGGUUGGCGCAGCGAAGGUGCUGAAGUCGCCGAGCAUUGCGACGACGUGGUCGACGCGUUGCUCCAGUUGGCGGGCAGAGGGUGCAUUGCUGGACUCGCCAGCCUCCGGUCUUGGUGCAACUUGCUCCAAGUCCUGCAUACGGGAAUCAAGUGCCCGUGCUGGAUCCUCAUGCUGAGCCUUGUGGUUCCACAUGGUCCGCUGCAUAUUCGCCAGCUCGGACUGCAGGUGGUUACAAGUGUAAACCAACCGAGCCACGAGUUUGGCCAUGAAUUCCCUGUGCUGCUCUUCUGGUGUCGCGUCGUCGUGCCCUUCAGAUGGUUCAAAGUGCCAAUACUUGAGUCUUUCGAUGCUGGCGGCUUCAUGCCGCUGCAGCAGAUCCAGGGCUUCCUUUCGGCGUGCCUAGGUAUCUGCAUCUGCUUCGGCCUGAAGCCGCUGCUUCUCAGCUGUUGCCGCUGCUUCAGCCUGUAGGCGGGCAGCCUCGGCUUCCAGCUGGCGCUGUUCCUCAGCGUCGAUCAGUGCGAGCUGAGUCUGGAACCGC